AUGCGCCUCAUUCAAGGUAGAUCGAGUCUGCGCUCUGCCAUUGCCGUCCGAGACUAUGCCACUAGCUCACCGAAGGGUCGGCUAGGCGCAGCUCUGAGUUUAGACCAUUUCCUCUUACGUUCACGUACCCUAUCCCUCUAUCGUAGUAUAAUCCGCGGUACGAGACAAAUUAGUGACCCGACUACUCGCGCCGAGACACGCAGUUUUGUGCGCGGAGAGUUCGAGCGGCAUCGCAAUGUCACUGAUAUAAAUCAUAUACGCUAUCUCUUAUCGACCGGCAAGACGCAAUGGGAGGGCAUGGAGAGGUAUAUUGGGGGCAUGUAA